AGUGAAUAGUAUCUUUGACCAAAAUAAAAUGUCUAGGGGCAAACAUAAAUUUUCCAAGAGGGCAACACUGCAAAUUUUGCGAUAUCAAAGUAACCUCCACGGACACGGGUUUAAUAAAGCCCGCACGCAUUCUCUCCCUCCUCUCCCUCCCCUCAACGGAGACGGUAAAAAUAUAGAGGUCUGGGAUUAGCCCAUUCUCUUCUUUGAAUCCCUAUCCAUCCCAGUUAUCUGCUCGAGCAACUAUUAAAAAACUACGAAUUGCCGGUCUAGAUCAUCUUUCAGUUCAUCAAUCAGACAGCUUAAGCAUAUUUCACUUUCUGGAAAUGGAUAAAGAAGCACCUUCUAGUCUUUUUGUUAAUGAUGGUUCAUUCAUGGAGAGGUUCAAACAACUUCAGCAAGAGAAUGGAAAGGACCAAGAGAAGGAUAAAGGUGCUGUAGAGAAGGAAUCUAAACCAAAAACAAUCAUUUCAGGGACGCCAAUUCCUAAGCCUUCUACUGGUAAAAUAACUAUGCAAUUAAAGAGUAAUAGUGCAAGCAAGACCCCUCAGCUUCCUACUGGUGGAAAACUUGCAUUCAGCUUGAAACAGAAGUCAAAAAUUGUGGCUCCUCCUGUUAAGUUGGGUGAAGAUGAGGAGGAUGAAGAUGAAACAGAUGCUGGGAGUGUUUCAGUUGAUACAUCAGCAAAACGACAGAAGUUGGGUGAACUGGAUGCCCCUGAAAAAUCAAAACAAGUGGAUGUUGCACCACCUUCCCCAAGUGAUCCUACAGUGAAGAAAGUUGCAGACAAACUGGCAAGUUUUGUUGCCAAAAAUGGAAGGCAAUUUGAGCAUAUCACACGGCAGAAGAACCCAGGGGACACACCAUUUACAUUUCUAUUUGACAAGACUUGCUCAGACUACAAAUACUAUGAGUUUCGGCUUGCUGAAGAGGAGAGGGCUCUUUCACAGACCAAGUAUACUGAAAUCUCUCCUGGUGGUGCUACAAGUUCUUUAGCUUCUAAAUCCACAGGCAGUUCUCAAAGGUUGCAUCAGCAGCAACUAAAUUACCAAAUCCCCACCUCAGCUCUGUAUGACGUCACAGAUGAGCUUGGGGGUCCAUUCACUUCAGCACAAACAGCAUCAGCAGGAAGAACUGCUGCAGGUGAAUCUAGUGCUUCUGGAGGUACAGAUCCCAUAGCAAUGAUGGAAUUCUACAUGAAGAAGGCGGCUCAAGAAGAGAAAAGGAGACAGCCUAAACAGUCAAAAGAUGAAAUGCCCCCACCUUCUUCCCUUCAAGGAGCUCCAUCAAAAAGAGGUCAUCACAUGGGUGACUACAUUCCACAAGAAGAACUUGAGAAAUUCUUGGCUUCCUGUAAUGAUGCAACUGCACAUCGUGCUGCUAAAGAGACAGCUGAAAGGUCAAAAAUCCAGGCUGAUAAUGUUGGGCAUAAACUUCUGUCCAAAAUGGGUUGGAAAGAAGGUGAGGGUCUUGGGAGCUCCAGAAAUGGCAUGGCAGAUCCCAUCAUGGCUGGUAAUGUAAAGAAGGACAACCUGGGUGUUGGUGCUCACCAGCCUGGGGAGGUGACUUCUGAAGAUGAUAUAUAUGAACAGUAUAAGAAGCGAAUGAUGCUUGGUUACCGUUACAGGCCCAAUCCUCUGAACAACCCUCGAAAAGCAUAUUACUGACGAAUCCCACUUGAGCUAGUUGUUUAUCAGGACCUGUAUUUGGAAAAAUAAAUAGGGAUUGGAACUACUUAUCUUAGUUUAUGAAGAAAAGAUUAAAUUUGUAUUCUAUGCUUGGUAUUUUGUGAAAAUUGGUGUUCAAUGACAAGUUAUUCGUUUGUUUUUCA